AUGGGAUCUGAUCACACUCACCGACGAUGGGGGCACCUUCGAAAGGUCCUGGAGCGAUCAGGGCCCUUUUGCCGGCCCGAUUUCGAGCCCUCCCCAGACACCCUCCAAUUUCUCAUGGAGAACUGCAAGGUCCUGGUGAUUGGAGCUGGUGGUCUAGGCUGUGAACUCCUCAAGAACCUCGCCCUCAUGGGUUUUCGUCGGAUUCACGUGAUUGAUAUGGACACGAUCGAGUUAUCUAACCUUAAUCGUCAGUUCCUCUUCAGACACAAGGACUUGGGUUCCUCGAAGGCUGAGGUAGCUGCCAGCUUCAUAAACUCGAGAAUUCCAGGAUGUCAGGUUGUCCCCCACUGCUGCAUGAUUCAGGCCAAGGACGAGCAGUUUUAUCGCCAGUUUCACAUCGUCGUUUGUGGUCUGGACUCCAUAAUAGCCAGGAGAUGGAUAAAUGGAAUGUUGAUAUCACUGUUGAAUUACGAGGAUGGCGAGCUAGAUCAAUCAUCUGUGAUUCCCAUGGUAGAUGGGGGAACAGAAGGUUUUAAAGGGAAUGCCAGGGUGAUUCUUCCAGGGUUGACAGCUUGCAUCGAGUGCACGCUUGACUUAUACCCCCCACAAGUCACUUAUCCACUCUGUACCAUUGCCAACACCCCUAGACUCCCUGAGCACUGUAUCGAGUAUGUUAAAGUCAUCCAGUGGCCCAAGGAGAAUCCCUUCGAUGCCGCUAUCGAUGGUGAUGACCCUCAGCAUAUCAAUUGGAUCUAUGAGAAGUCACAGGAGAGAGCGAUACAAUUUGGCAUCAGGGGACUGUCUUACAGGCUCGUCCAGGGGGUUGUCAAGAAUAUUAUUCCAGCUGUGGCAUCAACUAACGCAACCAUUGCUGCCACCUGCGCUACCGAGGUUUUUAAAUUGGCUACUAGCUGCAGUGCUUCUUUGAAUAAUUACAUGGUACUGAAUAACUUGGAUGGCAUUUACACAUACACAUAUGAAGCAGAAAAAAAGAUAGACUGUCUAGCAUGCAGUGAAGUCCCUCGAGAAAUACUAAUUCGUGACAGCAACGUAAAACUCAAAGAACUCAUAGAUCUCUUGUGUGAGAAACCCGAUCUCCAGAUGAAAAAUCCAGGAAUUGUCGUCAACGUCGAGGGAAAGAACAGAACACUGUACAUGCAGACAGUUCAGAGCAUCGAGGAAAGAACUCGUCCCAACUUGACGAAAACUCUACGAGAACUAGAACUAUCUGAUGGCGUCGAGAUCAACGUUGCUGACGUAACGACACCAAACACAGUGACUCUGAAAUUAAAAUUCCAGAAUACUGACGUAGAGAUGGCUGAAUAGAAGACAAAGUGUGAAGAAAAAAUCUGUAAAUUUUGGUUCAAGUCAUUAAGCCUAAGUUAAUUAUUCGAUGAUAAUUUGAAGGGUUUUAUAAACGAAUAACACAUUUUGCACAUUGUAAA